AUGUUAGGAUUAAAAAAUACACAAAUUGCCUUCUCGGCUCCAAUCAAUGGGGUUUUGAUUUCUUUAGCAAACGAGCCAUCUCUGGGAUUAUAUUAUGUUCAGCAGCACAUAAAAGCAACAACUCCACUAAAUGCUGAAACUCAAGAAACAGUUGAAAACGCGCACGAUACAAUGAAAAAUGCUUUGCCUGAUCUUGAAAAUACAAUUGAAGAAGUAAAGUUAAUAUCCGAAUUAAUGGACAAGUGGAGGCCAGGAAUGUUUGCAUCAAUGCAAAAAAUCCAUGAAACUUUAGAUAAAAAACUUAAGACUGUUUAA